AUGUCCUACCUCUUCUUCCUCAAGAAGCAGGUGCAACCCCCGGCCAUCGACGGUCAAUUUGCUUCGGAACCGCAGAGCAUGUGUUUACUGAAUCUUGGCGAUCUGCCCAUUGUACGAGAGGCCUCGUGCUUUACACCCUGCAUCGCUUUCCCCGCACUCUCGAAUUACAUCCGCGUCUUCCUGCCCGCCCCGGUCCAGUUCCCGACAUCCAUGCCCAUCCACGUGGUGCUGCCUCGUUCUCAUCGGUCUGGACCCUCAAUCCCCACAUCCACAAUGCUCACUUUGCACCAGCAAAGACACAUUGACGAUGGGCUCGUAUUCGUGCGGCAGUCGUGCAUGAUCGACGCUUCAUAUGUUCCUGCAUCUCGCGCAGAGUAA